AUGUAAUAAAAUAUUAUAUAUUAAAAAGAGUAGAAAACAAAGAGCUAGUCCUUUUUGGCUAGAAUUUGUUCUUGCUUAAGCUUCCUGAAAUCAAAGCAACAUCAAACGAACCAAUUAAAAUAUCAAUUGGGAAUUGAUAGUCCCAAAUCAUCAUUUUUAGUACUUUUCAAAAUUAUUUGGUUAGGGACAACGUAAACUUAUAGUUCUAGAUUUGGAUGAAACAUUGGUUCAUAGUUAAUUUUAAUUUAUAAAUGGUUAUGAUUUUUCAAUCGAUGUAAAAUACAAUUAUAUCUUAGAUUAUUGUUUAAGGCCAAUUAUUCAAAGUCUAUGUAACAAUCCGACCAGGGGUUUAUGAGUUCAUAGAGCAACUUUAUGAAUUUUACGAUAUAGUAUUUUGGACUGCGAGUCUAUAAGAAUAUGCUGAUCCAGUGAUGGAUUUUAUUGAUCCCAAUAAUAGAGCUAUUGGCAGAAUGUAUAGAGAUAGUUGUACACCAUUGUAAAUUGGAUUAACAAAAAACCUAAACAAGUUGGGAAGGGACAUGAAGGACAUCAUUAUAGUAGAUGUAAUGAAUAAGAUUUAUUAAAAGAAUUCUGUUGUGUCUUUUCACUUAAAUCCGGAAAAUGGAUUUUAAAUAAAAGAUUUCUUCUUUGAUAAGUAAGACUAAGAACUCGAAUUAAAUUUGCCCUUUUUCAUAUGGUUAUCAUAGGUAUCAUUAUGUACCUAUUAAAGUUACCAGAUGUGCGUCCAGUUUCUAGUUUGUUUAAAUAGUUUAACAGCACUUCAUCAAAUGUGUUGAAUAUGAGAAACGCUAUGACACUCAACAGUUAAUGUUAAUAAAAUGAACAAAGGAAAUUUUAAAGUCUCUCAAGAUCUUUAUCUCUUUAAAAAGCAAAAAUGAUGCUUUCCAAUUAAGUGUUUCGAACAUUAACUCUAUCAAAAGAUGACGAUGAAGAUGAGUUAGACGAAAGCAAAAUCAGAGAUAAACUAGGAUUAAAUUAACCUCCAUAUGAAAAAGCAAAUUAACAACCAGAUUAGACUGAAGAAGAAGAUAAAGAGACUUAUGUAAUAUCGCAUUGA